AUGUGUGAUUUGACUAAAUUAUCACUAUCUAAAAACAAGUUAAAAGCAUUACCACCUUUGGUUGGGUUGGAGAGGAUUACUGAGAUUGAUUUAAUUCAAAACCAAUUGAAUGAAUUCCCAAUCAUUAGACCAGGAAACACAUUAAAGUCUCUAUUAUUAUCAUUUAAUAAGAUUCAGACAUUACAAGAUGAUAGACUCACUCACUUGUCUUCUCUCACUAUAUUAACUCUGAGAGAGAACAAACUAACAAUGCUACCAGACUCGAUUGUCCAGUUAAACAAGUUAGAGAGACUGGAUUUAACUAAUAAUGAUUUUUCAAG